GAGUGAGCAGCGUUUACCUUAGCGAAUCAUUUUUAAGUGUUAAAUUUUCCUUUAAACAGUAUUUAAUUGGGCGCUUGACGAGCGGCUCAAUCAUGCAACCACCACCGAGGAAAGGGAAUUACGCGAAAUUCUUGAAAAAUGUACAUACGGAGCAGGCGGCCAAAUUGCAGGCGAAGAAUCAACAUGAGUGUGACCUAUUAGAGGACAUUCGAAAUUUCACAUUAAAAAAAUCGGCUAUUGAGAAAUCCUACUCAGAGGCACUGCUCAAAAUAUCCUCGGCGUAUUUAAAUAAGAAGAUACCUAAUAUUCCGGACCUGAAGAUCGAUGGAGCUGAAGAGAAAUGGAAUAUGUGGAAUGUGUGGCGAACUGUGCUGGAGGAAAAUGAGAAACUGGCACGAGCACGUCUGGCAGCGGUUGAGGUAUUCCAACAGCAGAUUGCCGAUGAUGCUAAGGUCCUCAGAAUGCACAAGAUGCAGAUAUCGAAGAAGGCAAUCGACCAAUUGAUGAUAGUACAAAAGGAACUACAGAUGUGCGUGCAGGACGUUGAUAAAACGAAGAAAUUGUAUUUCGAUGAGGAACACAGUGCUCAUGAUGUACGUGAUAAGGCGAAAGAUAUUGAGGAAAAAUUAAAGAAGAAAAAGGGUUCCUUCUUCCAGUCAAUUACAUCUUUACAAAAAAAUAGCGCUAAGGUGACAUCAAAGCGUGAUGCACUAGAUGAGAAGUCAACGGGUGCACGUAAUGAUUACUUGUUGAGUCUCGCAGCCGCCAACGCCCAUCAAAAUCGUUAUUUCGCAAUUGACCUGCAGAACACCAUGCAGUAUCUCGAACAGGGGGUGUAUGACAAAGUACAGGAGUACUUGACCCUCAUGGGACGCACUGAACUGUUGACUUGCAUGGCAACGCAGAAUAGCUUCACCACAAUUCGGGAUCAGGCACAGCAGCUGACGAGGGAGUACAAUAUUCAGUGCUGCAACUUGUAUUAUCCGAUGCUCAAACAACAUAUACAGUACGAAUUUGAGCCGUGUGAUAAUGACCAAAUUGACAGGGUAACCGCUGAUCACUCCGCUGCGACGACACUCGGCAAAGAGGCCCGUCGUUGGUCACAAAGAAUUGCUCGUGAAGUUGCAACGAUUCGCGAGAGUAACCGUAAGCUUCAAGCACUUCAGCAACUCAAGGAGUCAGGACACAAGAGCGACCCUAACGAUCCCAAUGGGCCCGAUCUAGACACUAAGAUCGACGAGCUUAAGCACACGGCGCGCCGAGCUGAGACCGCUAAAAUGAAGGCCGAGGCGAGGAUUGAGUGCUUACGAGCGGGGGGAGUGAAUGUCGACGAGUUCCUCCAGGAGGCCGAGACACUCAGCGUCCAAGACAUGCCGCGGUCAGCGAGUUCAUUAUCUGUAAGAACUGACGCUUCUGGUGCUGCGGAACAUCCGUCCUCGGACUCAUUCUACGACAGUGACAACGAUGCUGGUAGUGAUCUGACGACGGUGGAGAGGCCAGGAAGUGGCAGGCAUAUGUCAGAACACCACGAGGACGAUCAGAGGAAUGAGAGAGAGAGGCACGAUAGUGCAGAAGUCGAUGCUCUACUCGAACAAGAAAAACAGCGGAUAGAGCAGAUGGCAGCGGACUGGGACGACCCGACGUCAAUAGACUGGGGAACAGACGACAAGGACGACACUGAAAUUCCUGUAUCUUCAGAAGCUAUUACCACUGGCCAACAACCGCAGCUGUACAAGUGCACUGCGCUCUAUUCGUACACAGCGCAAAAUCCCGAUGAACUAUCGAUCGUCGAGAGCGAGCAGUUGGAAGUAGUUGGUGAGGGCGAUGGCGAUGGCUGGCUUCGGGCUCGCAAUUAUCGGGGUGAAGAGGGCUUUGUACCACAAAAUUACUUGGACGUCGAGAGAGAAACAGCAACUGCCACUGGGCUUGUUUCACAUGGCCCAGGACUUGUCACUCAAAUUUCUUUCUCCUCGGUUGAUUACACCAUUGAUGAUCAUGAUGCUGUCGAUCCAGACGCACAUCUCCACGCAGCCACAGUCAACCAAGCCCCCGCACAGCCAGAUAAUCUCACUCAAGCCCCCGAAGUAUAUUGCAUUGCCCUAUACGAUUACGAUGCCACGUGUGAUGAAGAAUUGACAUUCCUCGAGGGGGAUAUACUGAGGGUUCUGAAGACCGAGCCACACGACGUGGACGACGGCUGGUGGGAGGGUGAACUGCGCGGUCAGACGGGUCUUUUUCCGUCUCUGGUCGUCGAACCGUGCGCCCCCGACGGCUCUCCAUUGACCCCACAGGAGGAGACAACACCCCCCAGUUCUGCACCCCCAGUCUUCACACCACCGGAUGUACCGGAGUUCGUUCUCGCCGAUGAGAUAACACGAGCAAUGUUCAAUGAAUCAGGCGACGAGAAGCCCCCACUGAUAAACGGCGAGGCCCCCGACGGCUUCGCAAUAAGCUUGCCGAAAACCCAGAAGGACCAAUACGGUAUGCAAUUCAAUGGUCCCCAGGCGGAGCCGCCAGGAAUAAUAGUCGUACAAGUAUCGGACGAAUCAGGCGAACAGGAAGGUGACGAGAUCGACCGUGAAAUUGCGCCUAAAACGAAGAAAGAUAUGAAGUCUGAAGGUCAGGAUGAUGAUAUUGGUUUGGGUGUUGCACAGAUUGUGAUAACAGCUGCAACACCUAUGGAGGAAGUUGAACAUCCAUUUCCAGGUGUUGGUGAGGAUGCCCCGGAGGAUGUGGCUGAACCAACUGAGGAGCCAGAGAGUACAGAGUCUGAGAUGGAGACUAAAGUCGAGAUGAAGAGCGAAGAGGAGAUAACUAAAGAGACGACUGAUGACAACACCGAGGAAGUCGAGGAGAAAUCAACGGCGGAUGAUUUACCAGCGGAUUCAGCACCAUUUCCGGUAAGCAGUAGUUCUGGAUCUGAUGGGGAUUCAACAUCAGGACCAAGUACAGCUGAUAAUUCACAGUCAUUACCCUCACGUCGUACUGUUAUCGAAAUGCAGAAUGAUGUUGAAACGAGCGAUGAACAGCCAGACAUUAUACCGGAGAAGAUGCUUGUCGGUGGACGCGCCAGUAUUCCAGAUGAAUUACAACCAGAUCAGUUGGAAAAAUUACAGAAUCUCAAAGAAUCAAAUGCCUAGGAUUGACUAGACCUCGGAGAAGAUGAGUAUCCUGCCUUAAAUAACAAACUGGCUCUUCCGAAAAAUCAUCAAAAUAAAUUUCAGCAUCUCUUGGAUUUUUGGAAAUCUCCGGAGGUUAUUGGAAACAAAGACUAACGUAAUAUAACGAUAUUAUUACCCUGGAUAAAUGGAAAAUCGAAAAAACAGUCGAUAAUGACAAUGAGAUGUUUCGAAAUGUUUUUUUCGAAUUUAUCCUCCCCUCUCAAAUCCCUGUACUCAUGCCAUUGAAAAUUCUGCGGGCCUGUAAUCCAUUGAACGAUAAUGAGAUAAAAGAAACUCAACAACAUUUGUCGACUAAAAUUUUUAUGUUGAUAUUGUUAUGUACACAAAUUUUUGCUAGGCUAUAUUAUACUUUAGUGACUACUUAAUACGGUAUAAACGAAAAAAUCGUUGCAAUAAUUUUGCAGUGUCACUCGCGAGGAACAUUUAAAACUACAGCGAAUAAAAAAGAAAGGAAUUUGCGCGGUUACGAGGAUAAAUAUACGGAAGGAUUAACGAAGAAGAGUAAAAACUAACAAAAAAAGAGAAAAUCUAUUAAUGUACAGUCAUAAAAAUAAUAAAGUGAAUUGUCGAUACCUGUGUUAGACGAUAAAUGGCCUCGAUAAAUCAUUGUGUCCAUUGAUCAAUGUGUAAUCAGAGAAUAACAGAGACUGGUGUUGGAUGUAUAGAGAUAAUUAUCAUUAAAUCCAUCCCACGUUAAUUAAA